AUGUCUAUGUUAAAUUCAGUCAAUAUUAAUAUUCUAGCGUGGAAUGUGGGUGGAGCUGGGAGUAAGCGCUUCUCUCGCGCUCUCAAGCUAGUCAUUCAGUCGUACAAGCCUGAUUUUGUGAUUCUUCUUGAACCUCAGAUUAGUGGUAAUGCGGCGAAUGCGGUGUGCGAUAAGUUGGGUUUUCCGGAUGUGAUUCGGGUUGAAGCAGAAGGACGGCAAGGUGGCAUUUGGGUCUUUUGGGAUGCUCGGCGGUAUAAUGCUCAAAUCAUCUCGGCCUGUCCGCAGCACGUCACCAUCCGCAUUUCCCAGAGUCACAUGCCCGAUUGGAUCCUUACAGCGGUGUAUGCCUCUCCUCACCCCUCUCAGCAGCAACCUCUUUGGAGUCGUCUCACCGCUCUGAGUAAAGGCAUCAGCAUACCCUGGAUCCUUACAGGGGAUUUUAACGCCAUCAGAUCCCCGACCGAGAAGUCCGGGGCUGCCUCGAUGGCGACUUUCCGGAGAUGCCGCAUCUUCAACGACAGAAUCAAUGGGGCGGACCUGGUGGAUCUCGGUUACUCCGGCCCAAAUUUUACCUGGACUAGGGGGGAGAAUUCCGAUACCUACAGGGCCAGCAGGAUCGACAGGAGCCUUUGCAACAUUCAGUGGAAUUCCGUCUUUCCAAAUACUACUGUCCGCCAUCUGCCUCGCCUCAAUUCGGAUCAUAACCCCAUCCUUACUUCUUUUGCUUUACAGGGGCAAUCUCCUCACUCUUCUCGUUCCUUUAAGUUUGAAGCUGCAUGGCUUACUCACAAGGAUUUUUUGAAUACCAUUGCAGGGACUUGGGAUUCUACCAGACCCUUGCCGAGCGCUUUGCAUUCUCUGAGCAUCGCCCUGCAAGAUUGGAACAGAGAUACCUUUGGGAAUGUGCAGCAAAGAAAGAGACGGCUCUUAGGGCGGAUUCAUGGAGUCGAAAGGCAUCUUUCUCGGAGUUUUUCCCCGGGGUUGGCCAAGCUCCAUUCUAAGCUGGAGGCCGAGCUUGAUUCAGUCUUGGAGCAGGAGGAGCUGAUCUGGUAUCAAAGAUCGAGGGAGCAUUGGGUAAAGUUUGGGGAGCGCAAUACUAGUUACUUUCACCAGCAAGCCAAUAUCAGGAGACGGAAGAACAGGAUCACCGCCCUUCGGGAUCAAACAGGAGUAUGGAUUGAUGAACCUCAGGAGCUGGCGGAUAUGGUCUUUGAGUUUUAUACUAACCUCUACUUGCAGGAUAGCUCAGCUUAUGAGGAUAUGAUGCCAAAGAAUGCUUUCCCCCGGCUUGCUCAAGAGGACCUCCUUGCUUUGCUGAGACCCUUUACCAUCAUGGACAUCCAUAAAGCCAUUUUCGAGAUGAAACCAUUUCAGGCUCCCGGGCCAGAUGGGUUUCACGCGGCCUUUUAUCAACAAGCCUGGAAUGUGGUGGGGAAGUCUUUAACAGAUAUGGCUCUGGCUUUCUUCAAUACCGGAGUGUUGCCUGAUAAGGUCUCAGAGUCUACUGUAGUGCUCAUCCCCAAAGUCGAUCAUCCUGAGUAUGUGACUCAACUGAGGCCCAUAUCGCUUAACAAUGUGAGUCUUAAGGCUAUCACCAAGGCGAUCACUAGUAGGUUGAAGCUGGUCAUGAGGAAGCUCAUCUCCCCUCGGCAGAGCAGUUUCAUUCCUGGCCGCCAGACCACGGACAAUGUCAUUGUUGUGCAGGAAGUGCUCCACUCUCUGGGGAAGCGUAAAGGGAAGAAAGGAGGCAUGAUUCUUAAGAUUGACCUUGAGAAAGCCUAUGACAUGCUCUGGUGGGAUUUCCUUCGUGAUACCCUGAAGGAAGCGGGUCUCCCCAGCACUUGGAUCAGCUGUAUCAUGUAUUGUGUGGAGCAGAAUAAUAUGCGGGUUCUUUGGAAUGGCAACCUUUCAGCGACCAUCACUCCCACUCGUGGAGUUCGCCAGGGAGACCCUCUUUCCCCUUAUCUCUUUGUCUUAUGCAUGGAACGCUUAUCUCACAGGAUAGACGCGGUCCUUCACAGUGGGCAAUGGAAGGCCAUUAGGCUCACUAGGAAUGGACCGCCCCUCACUCAUCUUUUCUUUGCAGAUGACCUUUUGCUCUUCGCCGAAGCAGAGACGAGACAGAUCAGAAUCAUCAAGCAGUGCCUUGACGACUUUUGCUUUAGCUCCGGGCAGCGAGUCAACUACGGCAAGUCCUUGCUGUUUGUGUCGCCAAAUGUGAGCAGAUCGAAGGCCAACAUUUUGAGCGCGAGAGCGGAGAUCCCCCUGAAGAAUGAGCUUGGCAGAUAUCUUGGCAUACAGGGCAUUCAUGGCCGGGUGACGGCAAGGAGAUAUCAGAGCCUACUUCUGUGA